AUGCCGCCACUGAAGAGAAAGCACCCGCACACGGAGGCCGGAGCAGGCCCACAUGUCCAAGAAACAGAAGUACCGGGUUCCGUUGCGCCCCAGCAACAAACGCGGCGCGUCACGCGUCAUACGGAUGCCGUCGCCGCCUCCGCCCCUCCGACCGUUCCACCACCAUCUCCGUCAGCCAUUGCCCAAUCUCCGAAAGCGAAAAGAGGCCGGCCACCACGGCAACCACAGCAGCAGCAACCGCAACCGCUCGCCGAGCCUGUCGCUGCAUUCAAGAACAAUAGCUCGGGUGCCGUCCGGCGGCCGGGACGCGGCCCUUCCCCACUCAAAGGCGCCAAGAACAUCCCCAUCUCGGGAGUCGCAAUCGCCCGGUCCGACGCAACGAGGACAACGAGGACCUCAAGACACUCUAACGACAGCAGUCUCGGUGCUGCGCACGAAAAGACAUCCAAGGGCCAAAGUGACGUGAUAGCCCAGCCACCACCGGCUAUGGUCGUACAGCCUGCACCUCGCGCAUCCUCUAACAUAUCAUCCAGACUGGCAUCAUCGACACUAGGCCAGCCAGCUUCUUCACCCGGUCAAAACACAACAGUGAUGGCCGCAUCGACUCCGAUACCUGCAACGGCAACAUCUAAGCAGCCACCGCCGUCCCCGGCAGCAUUUCAAUCACAACAGAGACUCCGACCCGGGGCUGCACCCACACCCGAGAAGCGCGGCCUCCGAACGGAUCGCAACAUCGACAAGGUCGUUCUAGGCAAUGCCUGCUUUUCUACCUGGUACCCUUCAUACCAUGGCAAGGAAAUACUCGGCGAUGCGUCCGGGCCUGCAGCCAGGGUGGUAUCGGCCGCGACUGACGCGACGAACGAAGUGGGCGCCGGCAGCGGCAAGGGCAAGAACUCUGCCGGCAAGGAUGGAAAGGGCGGCAAGGGGAAGGGUCAGCAAGCGAGGCGCGAGCCGAUGAUCGACCGCCUAUACGUCUGCCCUUAUUGCUUCAAGUACUCCAAGGUGCUUCUGCAAUGGUGGAAGCAUACCGAGUUCUGCAGCAGGCGGAACGCGAUUCCAGGGCGCAAGGUUUACGUGCACCCCAAAGGUUCGAGGACGAUUCCAGUACCAGCGCCCUCAAAGCCUGGACGGAAAAGGAAGUCGGACGGCGCAGAAAAGGCGGCUGCGCAGACGAUACAAGACGAGGGCGAGUGGAGCAUCUGGGAAGUAGACGGAGAGGACGAAGUUCUUUUUUGUCAAAACCUAUCACUUUUCGGAAAGCUCUUUCUCGACAACAAAUCCGUCUUCUUCGAUGUAGCAGCGUUCAACUACUACUUGCUAGUCUAUACACCACCAAGUGGCGAUAUAACAGGAUCGAAUCAAGAAAAGGGCGGCAUCUCCAUCCCAACAUUCAAUUACGCGAACACUACUACUGCGAAUAAUACCACCACCACCACCACCACCACCACCACACCACGGAUUGUGGGGUUCUUCUCCAAGGAGAAGCUGUCAUGGGACAACAACACCCUGGCAUGCAUCCUGAUAUUCCCGCCAUGGCAGCGCAAGGGCCUCGGCGCACUCCUGAUGGGCGUUUCGUACGAGAUAGCCCGCCGCGAGGGCCUUCUAGGCGGGCCCGAGAAACCCAUCUCGGACCUCGGCCGCAAGGGUUACAGAAGAUACUGGUCCGGCGAGAUUGCCAGGUGGCUGCUGACGAAGGGACAUGACAAAGGCAGUCACCACGGCCAUGGCGCCGACCAAGACGACCACGAGGCGGAAGUGGUUGUGGACAUCGAGGAGUGCAGCAGGGCCAUUUGGGUGGCUGCAGAGGAUGUCUUGCUUACGCUGAGGGAGAUGGACAUUGCCGAAGAUGCGGGCAUGGGCCCUCCGCGGGCUAGAUUAAGCAAUACCGCGGACGGCGAAAAUGCAUGCGAGGAUUCGUCGGGUCAACAACAUGCAAACGAGAAUAACCAGGACGUACCCAACGGGGAGGGACACACCAAGCACGCCGUGAAGCAAGUGCGCAGGGUGAGGAUAUCGAAGGCGCGGGUGCGCGAAUGGGUCGCCGCCAACCGGAUAGAUCUGACGAGGCCAUGCGAUCCCGAAGGGUUCAUAGGGGCCGAGGGACGCCCAUCGGUCAAGCCGACGGCAGAGCAUAAUGACGACAUGUCAGCAUCGGCUUAA